AUGGCGUCGUCCGAACAGCUGUUUCUCGCCCUCUUGAGAGACGAGUCCAUCAAGGACCGGCUACUCUCUCUCCUCAGCACCCACGACCUGUGCGCCGUGCGGCAGUCCUCCUCCGCCUGCUGCAACCUUCUCACCAAGCGGCUCUUCACCCGCCUCCACGUCACCUUCUCCGCCGCCACCUUCACCAAGCCCUCCCGCGUCGCCGCCCUCGCCCGCGUCGGCCACCACGUCGAGCACCUCACCUUCCACCUCCCGCACUCCGACGCCACCUUCCUCCCGCCGCUCCCCCCCCCCCGCCCCAAGUACGCCUGCCCCGAGCUCGGGGACGCGCUCACCCAGCAGUACCCGCCGCUGUUCCACGCGGCCACCAACGUGCCGAGCUUCAUCCACGCGCUGGGCCGGCUGCCGGCGCUGCGCCACCUGACGGUGCGGUGCCCCGGGCAGGACCCGGCGGAGCGCUACCGUCGCGACGUGGUCGACUACGCGCUCAUCAGUCUGAGGAUCGCGGUGGAGCGCGCGCCGCUGACGAAGCUGCGCACGUUGUCGCUCUCGCAGCUGCACCCGGCGGCGCUGGCGUACCUGCGCCACGUCAACGGCAUCGGCAGCGUGCCGUCCGCGGGGCGGCGCUGGCGCCAGAUCAGGUCCCUGCGCAUGAGCGUCGAGGCGUGGGACUUUGGCGCCGCCGGCGGGCUGGACCACCUCAAGAUCAUUGACGACUACGUCCGCGCGCUGGCGCCGCACCUCGAGAAGCUGUCCUUUUCCUGGAUCGGCGGGCCGGGCGCCGACCGGGGCCCCUGUCCGCUGGCGCUCGCCGACGACCCCCUGUUCGCGCCGCCGCCGUCGCCGCCGUCCGCGCGCAAGCUAUUCCACGAGGUCACGUCGCCCAUGUCGCCGCUGCCGCCGCUGCCGGCGUCCACCUCGGCGCGCGCCCCGAUCCGCAUGCCGGCGCUGCGCUACCUGCAGAUCCGCAACGCGGCCAUGAACGCCCCGCAGCUGCGGCGCCUCAUCGCCGCGCACCGCGCGACGGUGCGCGAGUUCGACCUGGACAACGUGGCCCUCGCGGAGCGCGACCGGUGGGACGACGCCCUGGCGCCGGUCAGCGAGGGCCGGCAGUGGUCUCGGAGCGGCGGCGUGCCUGCGGCGGGCCCCUCGGAGACGCGGUGCAGCAUGGUGUCGAGCGACGACGCGGACGACAGGCUGCAGAGCCCCAGCGCGGCGGUCGAGGCGGUCGCGAGGGAGCUGCUGGAGAUGGACGUUGGCGCGUACGGGUUCGACGAUGAUGAGAGGACGGUCAUUGACGAGCUGACGGAGGAGGUGGCGUCGACGACGCGAGAGCGGAGCAAGGGCGGCGGCGGCGGCUUCACGGCGAGGAUCAGGAAGAAGAAGCGCGCCAAGCACGGUGAUCGCGAGGAGGAUCAUUACCGCAGCAGGCGCAAGCACGGCCGAAGCGCCAGCGAGCCCGAUCGCAAGGCCACCACGCCGCCGCCGUCGCUUCCCCGCUUGGGGUCCUCCUCCUCCUCCUCCUCCUCCUCCGCCUCCUCCUCGCAGCAGUCCUCCUCAUCCUCCUUCCCCUCCUUUUCCUUUCCCCUGCGCCGGCGGCGUCCGUCGCAGACCUCCUGGCCACCACCCAGCUCCUCCCUGUCCUCCUCCCCGCACAAGCCCUCCUCGGUCCGCCCUCCUCCCCCUCCGCCCAUCACCCUGCCCGACCCCUUCAUCUCGCCGCCCAUCCUCUCCGCGGAGCCGCAGCCGGUCCUGCUGCUCCUCCAACCCACCGUGUACGACCCCCACGCGCCGUCCCGCCCCGGGACCGCCGACGACGGCAUCACGGCGGUGCAGCGCAACCUGGAGCAGGAGGAGGCGCACCGGCUGCUGGCGGAGGACGCGGCGGCGCGGGUCAGCGCGCUGCAUCGCGCCAAGGAGGCGGUCAUGACGAAGCUGACGCGCGAGUUCUCCAAGAAGCACCGCCAAGAUCGGGCGACCGGCGGCGGCGGCGGCGGCGGUGGUGGUGGUGGUGGUAACGCCGGCCAUGGUCACGGCGGAGGCCGCGUCGGUAACAACGGCGCGGUGGCGGCGUGUCGCCUGAUGGCCGGCAGGGACCUCCUCGCGGGAAGCGGCAGCUAUUACACGGGGAACAGCGACUUUGUGCUCGAGGAUAGACGCGGCAUGGGCAGUCCGUCGGCGAUGCACGUCCCGCUCAUGUUUAGCCGAGCGUGA